CAAAACAACAAAAACAAUGAGUAACAGCUCAGCUGCACACAGUCACACACUCCUCCUUUUCUUUUCCAUCUUUUUUUUUGGCUUUGAUUUUCGAUUUCCGUGUCAAGCAAGUAUCCUUACCACACACCACACUCUCCCAUUUCUUCACCCUUUGGCCAAAAUCCACACCCCCAAUUUAGGUAAAAAAUCCCCCAAAAAUAUUUGAAAUCCGAUUCUACAUUUCGUUUCUCUGCGUAAUCCUUCAUAACCUUUUUCCAAUCUUCUUCCAUUUCUAUUAAAAAACCCAAGCUUUUUUUUUUUCUUUUCUUUUUUUUCUGGGUGUGUGCCUUUUUUAGUGCACUUUUUCAUCUGGGCUUUUUCUAAUUUAUGUGUUAAAAGAGGUUUCUUGCCAUCCUGAUUUUUUGUUUUUGUUUUUUUUUUGGGUUUGGUGUAAUUAUUUGGAAAAAAAAAUCUGGGUAUGGAAAUGGGGCAGGAGGUUGUGGUGGCGGCGGUGGGGUCGUCGGCGGCGCCGUCGCCGAGGAUGGGGGCUCCUCCGCCGACUUCUUUGGCACCGGGGUUUAGGUUUCAUCCAACGGAUGAGGAGUUGGUGAGGUAUUAUUUGAGGAGGAAAGUUUGUGGGAAGCCAUUCAGGUUUCAAGCAGUUACUGAAAUUGAUGUGUACAAAUCUGAGCCUUGGGAGCUUGCUGAGUACUCGUCACUGAAGACGAGAGAUCUAGAGUGGUACUUUUUUAGCCCUGUGGAUAGGAAGUAUGGUAAUGGAUCUCGCCUGAAUCGCGCCACUGGCAAGGGGUAUUGGAAAGCGACUGGGAAGGACCGAUCGGUGCGACAUAAGAACCAGUCAAUUGGAAUGAAGAAAACACUAGUUUUCCAUAGCGGGCGUGCUCCUGAUGGAAAGAGAACAAAUUGGGUAAUGCACGAGUACAGGCUUUGCGAUUCGGAAUUGGAAACUGCUGGCAUAUUACAGGAUGCAUUUGUGCUCUGUAGAAUCUUCCAGAAGAGUGGUUUGGGACCACCAAAUGGGGACCGGUAUGCACCCUUUAUCGAAGAGGAAUGGGAUGAAGAUGCCCCGCUUGUGAUUCCUGGUGGAGAUGUGGAAGAUGACGUGGCCAAUGGUGAUGAAGUGCGAGGAGAGUGCAUGGACCUUGACCAGGAUACUCAGCCCCUCAGCAUUGCUCCGCCUCUCGUCAAGUAUCCGGUCGAGUCCACCUGCAUCCCUUUCCUAUGCAAGAGGGAGAGAGCUGCAGUCGACCCGGAACCCCUCUCGUUAGACCAUAGUAAGAGAUCAAAGCACGAUGAUCCAAACUCUAGCAACGCCAACGGAUCCGAGGACUCCACCACAACGAGUCAGGAUCCCUCCUCGAUGAUGAUGAUGACGAAAAUUAACUCCUCGCCUCUAGAAUUCCCCCUCUUAGAAACCCUAGGCUCCAAGGACAACCUCCCGGCCAACGCGCCUACCUUUGAUUCCGCAAACCUAGAGAAAUCCGUCCCACCCGGCUACCUGAAAUUCAUCAGCAACUUAGAGAACGAGAUCCUCAACAUCUCGAUGGAGAAGGAGACGCUCAAGAUUGAAGUGAUGAGAGCUCAAGCGAUGAUCAACAUUCUUCAAUCCCGCGUUGAAAGCUUGACCAAAGAAAACGAGGACUGUAGGAGACGUGCCUAGGGAUGGCGAUGUAGCCGUCGCCCUCCUUGAAUUCUAGUUUUGUUGUAGUUGCCAGCCCUUCUUCGUCUCCGACGACGAUGAACCACAUUUUUUUUUUGUGCUGCUGCCUUUGAUUAGAAUAGGGAAGGUGAGUUUCUGGCUUUUAAGGAGAUUUAGCUCUCUCUCUCUCUCUCUCUCUCUCUCUCUCUCUCGCUCUAGUUUAACUUAGACUUGAACGAUGAUGAAUCUGUCGACUAUGCUAUUUUAUUUUGAAUAAAGUUGGUUUCUGUA